AUGAACUUUGCUGCCCAAUUUUUCUACUCGAGGUACUUGAGCGAGCGACUUGAGCGGUUGUACUCACCUAGACCUGCAAUUAAAGACAGCGAGGAGAAUGACCCCUUCUGGCAGAGAGAGGAGCUGCGUCUGGGACCCAGUCAUCCCGGUGCCUCUCACAAAUGCGGCCCUGUCAGUAAUGGCUCCGCAUGCCGCAGACUCACCCUCAUUGAACCGGAGAGGCUGAAGGACUUUGGUGAGGAGGAGCUUUUCAAUGGGGAUGUGAAGGUCUUUGACACCAAGGAGGUUGGGGCUCCUGAGUUCUUCCUCCAGGAGCCACCAAAAACCAGAAGAGUCAGCGAGUUCCGUAUCGUCCCCAGACCUCCAAUCCAUUACCUCCGCUUUGAGGACAUCAGUGCGGCAGCGUUCAAGAUCCAGUCAGGGAUACAGAAGACGCCCUGCACGUACUCCAGACUGUCCAAACAGUACGGGAUGGAGAUCUACCUGAAGAAAGAGCAUCUGCACUACACAGGCUCUGUGAAGGAGAGAGGAGUGCUCUACCUGCUCACCUCCCUCUCUCAGGAGCAGCAGAGGAAGGGUGUGAUCGUGGCCACUGACUGUAACUUCUCCAUGGCUGUGGCUCAUCACGCAGUGGAGCUGAAGAUCCCGGUGUUCGUCAUCAUGCCGUCGUGCUGCUCCUCAGCUCGCCUCAGGAUCUACAGAGACUACGGCGCCAUGGUCAUCUCCUACGGCAGUAUGGGCCACGACUCCCGGAACCACGCCCGCCAUCUGGCCAAAGAGAACGGAUACCUCUAUAUGGAAGAAGAUGAAAGUGCAGCGUACCUGGCAGGACUGGGCACCGUGGGCAUGGAAAUCUACGAACAAGUGCCCAAACUGGACGCAGUGGUUGUUCCUGCAGCUGGACAGUACGGUCUGCUGGCCGGCACCGCGGCCGCCAUCAAACACCUCAACUCACAAAUUCUUGUCAUAGGAAUUGAACCAGAAGGUUUCCCUCUGCUGUUACAAUCUCUGAAAACAGACAGUCCAAUCAAAGACAUGCACAGCAGCCCCAACAAGAAACUCUACAGAGAUCUUGUGGAGCACUCGCUCGGUGAUAACACCUUCCACCUGGCAAAGAAACUAGUAAAUAAAGUCAUCACUGUCAGUGAGGAGGACUCUCUGGUGGCUAUGCUGCGGUUUCAGGAGUUUGAACGCUCCACUGUGGACACAGAGGGAGCCAUGGGACUGGCUGCCAUCUUGGCCGGUCAACUGCCAGAACUUAAAGGAAAAAAGGUGGCUGUGGUGGUGAGCAGUGCCAACAUGGAGCUGGAGCUGGUGAGGCAGUGUGUGGACCGAGCCCUGGUGCUGGACGAGCGGGUCAGUAAGUUCUCAGUGCAGCUGGGCGAGUGGCCGGGAGACAUGGCCAAGCUUCUGGACGUCCUGUCCAGAGCAGACGUCAGGUUGUUGGACGUCUGCCAUCGGAGACACGGUGACAAGUCCGAUCUCUUCAAUGCAAAGGUGGAGUGUGUGGUGGAGACCAGGGAUAAGACACAGAGCGCUCAGCUGCGUAAGAUGCUGACUGAGCGCUACCCUUCUAUAUGCUGGCUGGACCGGUGAUUGAUCACAACAACACAAACUAUAUUCAUGAUAGAAAAGGACAUGACUUACUCGUAAGAUCACUUGCAAACACUAUCGUCAUUAUUAAACUGUGUGAAAUACAACAAUAAGAAAAGAGCUGAUCAGCAAACCCUAAUACAAGAAGCCUUGAGAUUAUAGUGAAUAUUACCCGUCCUGCUUUUAUUAAUUCUGCUGCUGCUUUGUGCUUUCUGCACCGUGUGAAUAGAAUUAAGUUCUCAUUGUUGAACAUUAAUCACAAAUAUAACACUGAUAACACUCCCUAAAAACAGCAGCAUUAAACAAAUCCAUUUUCCAAAUCCAUAUUCUUUUUAAACUGUUGUACAUAUGUAUUUAUACUGUCUUGAUGUGGUAUAUAGUGUCAAUCCAAGUAAACAGGUUAAUGAUAAAUAA